AUGACAUCAGAACAGGGACUGGCCCGACUAUGGAAGACGAAGUGCAUCCAACAAAUUCUCGCAAGCCAUCUAGAGAGCGAGGAUCUGACUGCAUACCGUCUACAGUACCUUCAACAGGCCAUCUCGAAUGGCAGCUUUGGAGCGCAUUGGGGGGGGCACGUCCAGGCUAUGACGUAUAAGAUCUCAUAUAACAGGGAGACCUUCUUACCUCCAAUCCUGGAUCCAAUCAUGGGGACAGAACAAAAAUUCAUCUACACACCACAACGGUGCCAACUUGGCAGUAACAGCCCUAGAUAUGGCAGCCGGAAGAUGGCAGAGCUGUUAGUCAAGCAGUAUCCGCCUCUGUUCCAUGCAGCUACCAACAUCCCGUCAUUUGUCCAAGCAUUGACAAUGAUGAGCGGCUUGCAGCAUCUGCGAAUCUCUUGUGAGGGCCAAGUGCCCAGCCAUCGCUACCGCCGAAGUGUAGUAGACUAUGCAUUAAUCUCAUUGCGAAUGGCAACCGAACAAGCACCGUUGAAAGGUCUCCACACUCUGUCACUGUUAUCAGUGCACCAAGGAGCAGUUCUUUACCUGCGUCCAGCUCCAGGAUUUGGUGCUUCGCCUGCAUCUUGCAAGCGCUGGAUCCAGAUCCGCAAGCUCACGCUCCAUAUAUCGAGUUUCGGCCAUGAGCCAGGUCAACCGACAGACCACCUCAAGCUUCUCCAUGCAUACUUAGGUAGCUUCCCAUCUCUGCGAAGACUGGUCUUUCAUUGGGAAGGCGAGAGGGGCCUCUCACCCUUGUCACUUGCAACAGAGCCGAGCCUCAACAGCGCAGCCAAACGAAGGCCAAGUCAAGCAUGCCCUCAGAAGUGCGCGUUACCUUUACGGCCAUUGACAUUCCAAAAUCUUUAA